AGACUUGCGGAAUCUAAAGCUACUGUCCCACACACUUAUGCUUCUACAAACUGUGUUAUGAACAAUCUUAUUGAACUGAGAAAAGGUCUUGAGGUGAAGGUUUCUAUAAAUGAUUUUGUUAUCAAAGCAGCGGCCUUGGCUCUGAGGCAGGUUCCAGACAUGAAUGCCAUCUGGGAUGGAAAAGAGGCUCAGUUACUUAGUGAUGUAGACAUCUCUGUCGCUGUGGCAACUGACUCAGGGCUUAUAACACCGAUUGUUAAAACAGCGGAUAAUCUAAAAGUUGCAGAGAUUUCUUCUGUUCUCAAGGUAAUAAUUCAGUAAUAGAAGCAUGUACAUGAUUUCUUGUAAUUUUAGCUCUAUGAUUCAUGCAAGGUGUCUUUAGAACUUUGCUUCCCUUUUAACUGCUGUAAGUGCACUGCCUUUUAAAUAGGAAUCAAUCACAAAAAUAGAACGUUUUCUCGACUUUAUAAAGCCAUAAAAUUCAUCUGUUAACCCUUUGGGCCCUUUCACAGGCCCAAAUGACAGAUUUCCCUACCCUUUCGUAUGGUUGUUGUUUGUUCCCUCUGCACCCAUUGUACCUCCGUCGAAAUACAAGCGCGCGGAGGGGGGGUGGGGAGACUGCAAAGGGUUAUACACCUGAAAUGAUUGUUUUUGCAAUACCUGAUAUCAAUCGUAUCAGUACUCAAAAGAUGGAGAUAGGCUGCAGCUGUGUGGUAACCGUGUGGCUCAACGUUUCCUUUUAUCAACUUUUAAAAAGGAUUUUGUUUAAACCAUUUACGAUUUUCUAUAGGCACUUUGUUCAGUAAGUUGUUAAGGAACAUUUCAGUGAGAGGAUGCAGUUUUUCUUGUCUAAUUAAGCAUUUUUCUUGCCCAUACAUUGUGGACCAAUGUAGACUCCAUGUUACUAGGAGGCAAUAGAUAAAACCAAAUUAUUCUUGGGUUGCACGUGACGUCACCAAAAAUCAAACUAAGAAACUAUCGAUUCUUCUGAGUUUCUACUUUCACGAGGUAUUACAGUACCUAAACACCUUUACAUAAAAUAAUUUUUGGUUCGAAAGGGUUCUUCGUUUUGCGAGAGAGGACGCUUGAAUUUCCAGGCUUUUGCGUGACGGGGCAUUUAGCUGGCGGCCGGGAAAGCUCUUACGUGGGUUAAAAACAUGACCGAUUUUGGGAGAUUUUGCAAUCUAAACGUUCCUUGUCUCAGAAUAAAUAUUACUGUAAUCUGUAUGAGUUCUUCAAGCGAAGAAUUCACGCAUUAGUAGGAAAACUCGAAAACAGAUGUUUCUGUUGGUAUCCGGCGGCCAUAUUGGUGUUCCUGAAAGGCACACCAACAUGGCGUUUCCAUACAAAGCUUUAUAAAUUUAGGUAAACCGUUUUUCCCAAUAUCUCGCAUUUGAAAUAUUUCACAGACCUGAUUCUUGGCAAGGGUUUUUGUAUAUUUAUCUUUUUUUAUUUCCCAGAUUCUAGUCCUUCUGUAUUGAAUGGUUUGCAUUUUUAUUUUUCAUUGCGUGACAGUGCAAGCCAAGAAUACACGCUUUCAAGUUGUUUCCUUAACAGAUUAAGUGUGAAUGUUUGUUAGAAUUCCAUUUGGGCAUCAUAAGGGUUUUUUUUAGAAAUUAUUAAUAUUCCUUCCCUUCCCCUUUUGCCACCCUCUUUUGCACAUGUUUGCACUCUGUGCUUCCAUACCCCAGGAAACAUUGUUUUGCUUUCAGUCUACAAAUUAAUAAGCCUCUAUUUUUUUUCCAGGACCUGGCAAGCCGCGCUAGAGAAGGCAAGUUAAAAUUGCAUGAGUUCCAAGGUGGCUCCUUCACUAUUUCCAACCUUGGAAUGUUUGGUAUCACUGAGUUUUCUGCAGUCAUUAAUCCACCACAGGCUUGCAUUAUGGCUGUGGGUGGUACCCAUCCUGUGCUCACCGCAGUAGAGGAAAUCCAAAGUGUGAUGACAGUCACUUUGUCGUGUGAUCGUAGGAUGGUGGACGAUGAAUUAGCUGCCAGAUGGCUAGAAAAUUUCAAAAAGAACAUAGAAAAUCCAUCUCGACUACUUCUGUAA